CUGUCUGUAAAGGCAGCAGUGUAGCCCGCUGCCCCCCUUCCUGCUCCAAGUGAAAACUGAGAUAGUAGGGAAAAGGUAACUGCAGCAAAGACCAUGGAGGGAGAAAGCUGGAUAUGUUAGCAACCUUGUUACUUGAGGGCACUUCUUUCAUUUUUUCGUACACAAAUAAAAGCAUUCUAAUACGCCGAUAUCAGGUGUGUAUUUUUGUGCUUGGAAAACGCCGUAAACGUCCUGAACAACCAGUGUGACUGCGAACGGUUAGCACAGCUCGACCAAAGUUAGCCUGCUCUGGCUAAUUUAGCCCGUCUCUGCUAGCAAGAAAGGACAAAAACGGGCUAGUCGAAAGGGACUUAAUGCUACAAGUCGCACUGCGGCGUAAAGUACCUCGUAAUGUUGUCUCCCGGGAUUAACUUUACAUACGGAUGAGAAAGAAAUGGGCGUCUGGGGGACACCGAAAACAAGUACGAGUCAGAGGACCACUGCUAUGUCGGGGUUGGUUCGCGGCUCUGGCAGCCCGUCUGAGUCCAGAGGUUGGCUAAUUUCGGUGGUCUGGAGGAUCGGGGGCUUCUUCUUCCUCCUGCUGCUGGAGGGGGGCGGCUGCAUCGCUAGUCCGAGCACUGCCGCAGGCGUCAACGACAACAUCCACCACCCCAGUGUCAACAUAUACAUGAGCGUGGAGGAGGUGAAGAAGCUUCUGGGCUUAGAUGCAGAGCUUUACUAUGUGCGAGACAAUGUGGUGAAUCAUUACGCACUCUCCUUCACCCUACCUGUGCCCAGUGAGACCAACAGCCUUCACUUUACAUGGCAUUCCAAGACAAAGGUUGACUACCGACUUGGCUUCCACGUGGAAAACCCUGUUGCUAUGAACCAGCCACGGAGCAACAUCUCCAGUCAGGGGGAAGUGCCCCGUGUUCCCUCUGUCUUUAGAGUGGACCUCUUCUGUUCCGGCAAGGUCGAUGGAGAGGCCGUUUUGACGGUGCAGCUCAAUCUGACCAUCCACGCCAACAACUACACAGUGCUCAACUUCAAGAGGAGGAAAAUGUGCUAUAAAAGAAUAGAUUCUGACCCAAAGAUUCCCAUUCCGCUCAACAAUAACACUCUUCAACGACCUGACUUAGAUGGCGUGACCACCCCCACUACCUCCACCCAAGUGUUCUAUAUAAGUGUGAGUGUCUGCUGCAUCGUCAUCUUCCUCGUGGCUAUCAUCCUGGCCAUCCUGCACCUCCACAGCAUGAAGAGAGUGGAGAUGGAGGACAGUAUGAGUGACAGUGGAAGUUCCCAGGGCCUGUCUCAGCCGUCCACCCAGACCACACAGUACCUGAGGGCUGACACACCCAACAAUGCGGCCUCUGUCACCAACAAUCACCCCGGUUCUGCACCCAUUCUCCAGCUUGCUGCCUCCUCCUUCCAAAACCCUGGUGCUCCACCUCAUGAAACCAAAAGUUAUCCUUCUCUUCGCAUAGAGAAGAAUGACCUGAGGAGUGUCACUCUAAUGGAGGCCAAAGCUAAAGUGAAAGACAUAGCCAUCUCAAGGGAGCGAGUCACACUGCGAGAUGUCUUGCAUGAAGGCACCUUUGGCCGCAUCUUCCAUGGCGUGCUGCUGGAUGAAAAGGACCCUGGUAAAGAAAAGCAGGUCUUUGUGAAGACAGUCAAAGAUCAUGCGUCUGAGGCACAGGUGACCAUGAUGCUCACUGAAAGUUGCAAACUCCGUGGACUUCAUCAUAGAAAUCUGCUGCCCAUAAGUCACGUGUGUACGGAGGAUGGAGAGAAGCCCAUGGUGCUGCUGCCUUUCAUGGCUUGGGGGAAUCUUAAGCUGUUCCUGCGACAGUGCAAGCUAGCUGAGGCUAACAACCCACAGGCGAUCUCUCAGCAAGACUUGGUUUACAUGGCCAUCCAGAUUGCAUGUGGAAUGAGCUACCUGGCUCGCAGGGAGGUCAUACACAAAGACCUCGCCGCCAGAAACUGUGUCAUUGACGACAACAUGCAGGUGAAGAUUACAGACAAUGCCCUUGCUCGAGACCUAUUUCCCAUGGAUUACCAUUGUCUGGGGGAUAAUGAGAAUCGGCCCGUUCGCUGGAUGGCCCUGGAAAGCUUGCUCAACAAUGACUUCUCUAGUGCAAGUGAUGUGUGGGCCUUCGGAGUGACGCUGUGGGAGCUGAUGACUCUGGGACAGACCCCCUAUGUCGACAUUGACCCUUUUGAGAUGUCGGCCUACCUGAAGGACGGCUACAGAAUAGCACAGCCUAUCAACUGCCCAGAUGAACUGUUUGCAGUGAUGGCGUGUUGCUGGGCCCUGGACCCCGAGGAGAGGCCCAAGUUUCAGCAGCUUGUCCAGUGUCUCACAGAGUUCCACGCAGCACUGGGGGCUUACGUGUGAAAGGGAGCUGUGUUUCUUCACGGACGGCUCCACUAAAGCCCAGCGGACAAUAUUUAUAAGGAAUACCUGUAUGAAAUGUGCCUUAUCAGGUGGAAGAGCAGACUUGUGCCUGUUGAUUUUACUUUGUACAGUCGUCUAUAGUUUUGGUAGAGAUGAAUGACCUUUUUACAGCAUAGCAAAGUAAAAAGGAUUCUUUGUUGACUAUUGUUUCAUAUGCUUUGAAAGCGCCUAGAAACGACAACUUGCAUUGCUCUCCACUUUACCACGAGGAAUGGAACAAUGGGCAGAUGCCCUCAUCUGUACAGCACACCAACAUUUAUUGACAUUAUCGUGCCAUGGAACAAGCUUUUUUUUUUUACAUCUUCGGGUUGUAAAGACAGUAUCCUCUACAGUUUGUAACUUAGUGAAGCAGUGUGAAUUGUAGAUGUGGUUUGGAUGAGAGCAGCUCCACAUCAAAAUGAUUUAGGUACCAAAGUAGACUUUAAGGCUACGUUUCAUGUGUGUGAACAUACUCUCAAGCAGGCUGCUUCACUCGACCCUGGUACGAAAGGCCUCGUGGAAACCAGAGCUGUGCUGGUUGAGAUGAUUUUGGAGACCUCUUCCAACGGUACACCUGAUAACAACUUUGCCACAUACGAGUUCUCUUGUCCUCUGACUG